CACCCACCCUUGAAGGAAAAGGCCAAACAAUAACAGUAACAUCUUCAACUUCAAGCGUCUUCCUUUUCUUGCGUUUGGCAUUAUUGUCACCAUCUUUAUAUGCUUGUCGCCUGCCCCUUGUUACUACAAACAUUGAGCUUCUUUCGGCCAUAAAAACGGAAGCUUAAAGAUUGCCAUUUUAUUCUUUUAUUUUUACAAAGAAUACCCUUUUGCAUGAUUAUACUUAUAUAUUACUCCAUUUCCCUUCUUACUAUUAAGUAUUCCCCCUUAAUUCUGGUUUUGUAUCUCCUCUCCUUUUCUGUCUACCAUAUAGAGUUUUAGAGAAGAGGUCAAUCAUAUCAAGUUGAACUCUCUCUGUAAGGCUGAAAAGGAAGUUGUAUAAUGAAAAUAUAGCUGUUACUUCACGAGAUCCAAGCUUGACUUUCAGUGCUGUCCAUCACAAAGAUCGAGUCAUAUAUAUAUGCUAAGUAAAAGAAAGAAAAUAAGUAGUAUUGGGCAGUGAAAAGAAACGUUUGACCGAAGAGUUCGAGGACACACACACACUGGCACGGAAAACUUUCAAGAAAAAUAGAAUAAGGAGGUAUUAAAGAGAAGAGAGAGGAUUACUCCUAAUACUUGUGAAUGGCUUCGUCUUCAUCACCUUCACUGUCAUCCUACUCACCAUGUGCAGCAUGUAAAUUCCUUCGUCGGAAAUGCCAGCCUGAAUGCGUGUUUGCCCCAUACUUCCCUCCAGAUCAGCCCCAAAAAUUCGCAAAUGUUCACAAAAUCUUCGGUGCCAGCAAUGUCACGAAGCUGCUGAACGAAUUGCAGCCUCAUCAAAGGGAAGACGCCGUCAACUCUCUCGCUUAUGAGGCUGACAUGCGCCUCCGUGAUCCAGUCUACGGUUGCGUUGGUGUCAUUUCCCUUCUCCAACACCAACUCCGACAGCUCCAGGUCGACCUUAGCUGUGCCAAGUCCGAACUUUCAAAGUAUCAAAAUUUAGGAGACAUUGCAAAUACCACUAAUUUGGGGUUCAAUUUGAUAGGAGGAGGAGGGGGUGGGAACCAACUCCUAUAUCACCAUCAGUUUUUUCCUAGAGAUCAGCAGCAGCAGCAACAACAGCAGCAGCAACAAAUAAUACGGGGACUUGAAGGAGGAAAUAACAACUUUGAUACAACCGGAGGUGGCUUCAGAAUUUAAUAAUCUUAAUUGGCACUUCAAAGUCAAGUUCCAAUUAUUUAAUUCACUGCAUAAAAUUAUGGUUUUAAAAUUUCAUAUUUGUUGAAAUUUUAGUAAUUUUUCACAUAUGUUAUGUUCCGCCUUUGGAGUGCAAGCAGCCCUUUUAAAGGGUAACAUAAAACAUGAAGAUCGAUAUUUAAUUUCUAAGAAUCAUGAUACGUAAUCAUAGGUAAUACUAGCCAGCACAUGCACCAGUGUAAUUAUCUGAAGUAUUUUUUAGACCUAUAUUACAUGCAUUUACGUCUGUUA